AUGUCUGUCUGGUCGCCAGCGUUUGAAGCUGUUGAGUACCAAGAUGUCCAGUUCCAGAACAGGUUCAGCGAAAAGUCCCCGUACAGAGGCAAACCAACACGCGAACUUGAGAAAGCGUGGCUCGACUUGUGGAAUUUCGGACCAGUCAAUAUCCCGCUAGACAAGCUGAAUGCUCUCAACAAGUCCAGCGACGCUGGGUGGCAGAGAGCAAAGAUGGAUAAAGGAGGGGGCGUUGUCGGGUCAUUAGAAGUCUUUCACCAGUUGCACUGUCUCGAUCUCAUCCGGCAGUACACGUAUCGAGAAGAAUGGGACUACAGCAGCCAGCCGGCUUUUGAUGGUACUCCGGAGCAACAUGUGGACCAUUGCAUCAACAGUCUGAGAAUCUACCUGCAGUGCACAGCUGAUGUGACACCAUAUCUCAUUCUCAAGGAUGAACGGAGGCCUCUGGGAAUCGACCCGGAUUUCUGCACGCGGCAUAAGUGUCGCAAUUUUGAGAAGAUCCAGCGGUGGGCGCGAGAUCAUGAGCUAAACACGGACGACUACCAGAAUGACCUUAGUUAA